AUGUCGGGCGCAUUCUCAGCCAUGAUGGGCGGCGCAGAGUGCUCGACCUCGUCCAACCCGCUCCACUCGCUCUUGAAGCAGCAGCAGACCGACCACUCGCUCCACCACGGCGGAUUCCACGCCGGCCCUUCGUCGUCGCAGGGAUCGUCGAUGCGCUCGUACACGGGCACGCCGAACCAGGCGGAGGAGGCGGACAGGUUCUUCCAGAUGCAGCAGCAGCAGGCCGCGGCGGGAGGCGCCGGCCCACUUGCGAUGGACCAGAUGCGCAGAGAGCUCGAGAACGUCGCGAGGGGCCCGGCAGGAGCCCUCAAGGGUGACAGGGAAUGGGCUUCGCAAUACCAUCCCGCCGGCUCGUCGCUCUCGCCCGCCGAGAUGGCUCGCAUGGAGGAGCAGUUUCGCAUGCAGCAGCACCAGGGCAUGCCAUCCGACUUUGCAGCCGAGUUCCGCCAGCAACAGCACUUCCCUGCUACCUCCGCCGCUCCCGCCUUUGCGCCCGCUGCGCCCGCCUCCUCCUCGUCAGCCAUGUACUCGCGUCCCGGCUUUGCGCCCUCGUACGGAGCCUACGGAGGCUCAGGCGGCAUGAUGGGCAUGCGGUCGUUCAUGCCCUCUGCCUCGCCGAGUCUCGCCCAGCAGCAACCUCAGCAGGACACGAAAGGUAAAGGACGGUUCGUCGAGCUUGAUGAUGCGGAUUGGGAGGCGCAGUUUGCCAAGAUUGGGAAUGCGACGACGGCUGAGCCCGCUGCGAAGGAGGCGGAACAGCAACCGGUUGAGGCGCAGAAGGAGAGCGAGACGGCCAAUUUGUUCGAGGGCGAGAUUCCCCUCGACGCGACCGAGUCGGACCAGCAACUCCUCAAAGACCUCGAAGCGACUUGGGCCUCACUCAAGACUCAGCUCAACUCGUCCGCGACUUCGGACGCCGAACUCGCCAAGUGGGAAGCGCAGUUCGGCAGCCAGUUCAACGAUAUCCAUGCUUCGCCCCUCCUCGACGACGACGACGGCGAGUUCCUCCGCACGCCUGAUAUUCGCCGCGCACCGAUGUGGACACCCGAGAACGUCGAUUCGUUCCUCCAAGACCAGACUCCCUUCCCCUUCAACGAGGAGAACGAGUACAUGCAGCGCGCCGACCCGUACGCGGACGGGAUGCGGCUACUCGCGGAGGGCGCGCCGUUGAGCGAGGCGGCGCUCGCGUUCGAGGCGGCUUGCAGGCAGGACGAGGGGAGGGCUGAGGCGUGGAAGGCGGCGGGCGAGACGUGGGCGGCUGACGAGCGCGAGGUCAAGGGUAUCAGGGCGCUCGAGAAGGCUGUUGCUUGCGGUGGACCCGCCGGUGUGGGCGCUUGGCUGUCCCUCGCUGUCGCCUACGUCAACGAAGGCCAAGAACUUCGCGCGCUCGCCACGCUCGAAAAGUGGCUCUCGCUCGCCUACCCCUCGAUCUCGCUCCCUCCGCUCGACACGACCCAGAUCCGCUCGCCAUGGGACGCCUCGAACCGCGUCAUCGACCUCUUCCUCGCUGCCGCGCAGGCUGGACCGCAAGCUCGCGCGCCGGGACAGUCGGACGAGUUGGGCGUCGUCGACCCCGAUGUCCAGGUCGGCUUGGGCGUCUUGUUCUACAGCAACAGCGAGUACGACAAAGCCAAGGACUGCUUCGAGGCGGCGCUCAGCGUUAGGCCGAAUGACUUCCUCCUCUGGAAUCGCCUUGGCGCGACGCUCGCCAACUCGGGUCACCCAGAAGACGCCAUCCAAGCCUACCGCAAAGCGCUCGACCUGCGCCCGACCUUCACGCGCGCCAUUUACAACCUCGGCGUUUCGUGCCUCAACAUCGGGUGCUACCAGGAGGCGGCGGAACACCUUCUUGCGGCGAUUCAGGGUCAGAUGACGAGGGAGGAGGUGGCGGCGUCGCAGAAGGGGAAGGGAAAAGACGUGGAUCUCGGACGGGUGCCAGAGGACGGCUCGGCCAACCUCUUCCACACUCUCAGGAGGGCCUUCUUGUGCAUGGAGCGACACGACCUCGCCGACAAGGCCAUGCCGGGCGCCGACUUGAACGAGUUCCGUGCGGCCGGCUUCGAGUUCUGA